UGGCAUCAAUGUUUUUGUCCAACAGUCUAUUUAAUAAUGGAGUCUGAUCAGCACAAUCGUGCCAGGCAAGAGGAAGUUAAUGGUAGCAUGUUUUAUGCGCUCUUAAGUGAAUUUGUCGGAUGCGUCGCCAUUAAUCUGUUUGGUUGUGCAAGUGCCAUUCAAUUGAUGCCCGUCCUGACUGUAACUGUCCUCUCCAUGGCAUUAACGUUUGGCCUCAUCUAUAUCGUCUGCACGGUUAUGUUUCGUAAGAUAUCCGGAGCACGUUUUAAUCCAGCAAUAACAAUGGGCAUGAUGGUGAUCAACAAAAUGAAAUUGUUUCGAGGUGUGUUUUAUAUUGGCGCUCAACUUAUUGGUUCCUGCGUAGGCAGUCUGAUCCUUUAUUGCAUCGCCCCGAUUGAUGAAAGUCAACAAUUCUUUCAUCGUAACUAUAGUCUAGGUGUCACGGUACCUGUGGAGAGUAUAACACACGUACAAGCUAUGCUGGUGGAGCUUAUACCAACAUUUAUUCUAAUGCUUACUAUUCUAACCACUAUGGAGACUAAUAGCACAGCUGUUCAGCAACUUGCACCAUUUGCCAUUGGGUUGGUAUUCAUUGCCGGUAUUUGUGCCUUUGCACAGUUCACAGGUGGAUCAUUUAAUCCAGCAAGAAGCUUCGGAGCUGCUUUGUUAGCAGAUUAUUGGGCUGGUCAUUGGGUAUAUUGGGCAGGUCCUAUCCUUGGCGCUAUCCUCGCAGCCCUCCUAUUCAAGGCCGCAUUUGAAAACAAUCUCAGGGACCAUGAGGAAUUGGGAUAUGAAGAAGAUUUCCUUGAGCAUGAGGUAGUUGAUGAAGAGAGUCAAGGACCAGUAAUACCAAAAGUUGAUAAGGCAGUUCAGGCUAAAACGACAGUGGAACCUGGUCGUUCUACCAACUAAGGGCGUGUUCCAAAAUCUACUCUUGUAAAAAGAGUCUCGGUCUGUCAAUGUUUAACAACAUGCGUUCGACGGUACAACAGUAAUGUUUUGGAACAUUAAGGUAGUGAUAUUUGGAACCUUAAGAUGAUGAUUAUUCAUUCAAAUCGGAUGUGAAACAUAAUGAUUAUUCUAUACAUUAUUAACUAAAUUGGGUACACAGAUACAAGAUAAAUGCAGUGGUUAACAUCCUUCAAUAAUUUUAGAUUUAGUUUAUAUAUAUUUUUUUUGGGCGUUCAUAAUGUGCACAUUUGUAAAUAAAAAUAAUAUUAAUUCUGUUA